UGUUAGUAUAAAUAGCCAGCCUGGAUUACCGAUUGAAAGUGGUAUGCUGGUUUUUUGAGACUUCAGUCCUGAUAGGAGCUGAGCCCAUGCCUUCCUCUCACUGCUAGCCCUCAUCCAGGAAGCCAAGGCCAGUAUGAGCUGCCCUGCAUAAACUCCCUAACCUUACCUAGCUAGGCCCUCUUCAAUUCAAGGUCUUCUUAGGUGUUGCCAAGGAAACUAACAGAGCAGCGAGAAUCUGGCCCAGGUUUCCAUGACAACCUGCAACAGCCCACUAGGGUCCAUCCAUCUGAUGUCACCUGAGCACCAAAUACCCAGAGCCCACCGAGGAGGCUGAAGAGAAGGAAGGUGGCAGUUGCAGUAGCAGCGAGGGUCCGACUGUCUGAACCCAGAUCUGCCAGUGGGUUGUAUCUGAGCCCCCCGUGGGCCAUAUCGGAGUCCAGGUCCUGGUCCUGAAGGAAUCUGUGUGCGAGUGGGUGAGUGUUCCGGGAGAGAAGGGUGGGCCGCACCGUCUGGGCUGCGGAUGGAUGGGCCGGGCCCCAUUGGGGCACAGAUCACUGUGCAAAUACCUUGUCUGGGAGUAGGUUUCGGUCCGGUCCCUCCCCACUUUGACUUAUGUGGCCAUCCUGGUUCUGGUCCCUCAGACGGCAUAUCCCACACAAUGACUCUGAACGGCGGCUGCAGUGGGGCAGGCGGGAGCCGUGGCGCUGGCAGGGAGCGCGAGCGCCGUCGAGGCAGCACCCCCUGGGGCGCGGCGCCCACGGUACACCGUCGCAGCAUGCCAGUGGACGACCGCGACCUGCAGGCGGCGCUGGCUCCGGGCGCUCGGGCUGCUGGUCUGGCCAGCUCGGGCACCGCGACCCAGAGUCCGAGGCUGGACUGGGCAGAGGGCUCCUCCGACUCACUCAGUUCAGGAGGCAGUGGCUCCGACAAUGAGAGGGUAUACAAGGUGCUACUGCUAGGGGCAUCUGGCGUGGGCAAGAGCGCUCUGGCACGCAUCUUCGGUGGUGUAGAGGAUGGUCCUGAAGCAGAGGCUGCAGGGCACACUUAUGAUCGCUCCAUCAUGGUGGACGGAGAAGAAGCAUCACUCAUGGUUUAUGACAUUUGGGAGCAGGAUGGGAGCCGAUGGUUGCCUGGCCACUGCAUGGCAAUGGGGGAUGCAUAUGUCAUUGUGUACUCAGUAACUGACAAAGGCAGCUUUGAGAAGGCCUCAGAACUUCGGGUCCAGCUGCGGCGAGCACGGCAGGCAGAUGAUGUCCCCAUCAUCCUUGUGGGCAACAAGAGUGAUCUGGUGCGCUCCCGUGAAGUCUCUGUGGAUGAGGGCCGGGCCUGUGCUGUGGUCUUUGACUGCAAAUUCAUCGAGACAUCAGCAGCGUUGCAUCACAAUGUCCAGGCGCUGUUUGAAGGGGUCGUACGCCAGAUACGCCUGCGCAGGGACAGCAAAGAGGCCAAUGCCCGGCGGCAAGCUGGCAGCCAGCGGCGGGAGAGCCUUGGCAAGAAGGCAAAGCGCUUCCUGGGCCGUAUUGUAGCGCGAAACAGCCGCAAGAUGGCUUUUCGUGCCAAGUCCAAGUCCUGCCAUGACCUCUCAGUUCUCUAAGGCCCCUCACUGUGGUAGGCAGAGGUUUAGAUGGGUUGGUGGGCUGGUCCAGCCAACCAUUCUAGGUGCCUCAGGACUGGCUCAGCUUCUACACCCCUUGGAGCUGCCUGCUGGGCCUCCCCGACCUCAUGGACAGAUAGUGCUGCACAGGGAGACAGCUCCCAGUGGCCAGUGAGGGCUGGGCCCCCAGGGAUGCAUGUGCAGGCCCAUGUGGAUCCCAGCAGCAGCCAGGGCCCAGCUCAUGGGGCAGGCCUGUGCAUGGGGAUUGCUUUCCUCUACAUCCAGCUGUGCAUGCCCUGGAGCCUGUAGGAAAGGUGUUCCAUACACUUGCUAUUUGUUUACAUACAGAUUUUUGUA